UAGGAGAGGAGGAAAAGGCAAGUCCCCAAUUAUCAUCUGCUAGGCAGAGUACCGGAGUGUACAAGCAUAUUGUUCCGGCGAGAGCGUAAAAAACCGAUGGAGAGAGGGAUGCGGGUUAACGGGGGAGAAUCAUGUGACACGAGAGACGCGCUGUUUAGUCACGAAGAAAAACUAUUUAUUUCACGUCACUUUCGAUUAACAAUUAUAAAAUUUUACAACUAUACAAUUGUGCGUUGCACAUAAGCCGCGAACGAACACGUGAGUAUUGAACGCGGUAGAGGAAAAUCUGGUGAUAGAGAAUUGCCGAGGAAUAGCGGUUACCACGAGAUCACAGUACGAAGUGGCUCAUGGAAUGUGCGAGAGAAGAAUCCUCCGGAUGUAUCGAACGUUCCAGAACCAAAUCGAACGCUCCCGUAAGAUCACCGGAAACGGGGAGAAGGACAGCGCCUCAGGUGCGUGGAGGCCAACGCGGCCGGUAAAGGGGAUGGCGCCCAGGAGGUGCUGCCCCCCUGAGCCACAUGCGGCCGUCGCCUCAACACACGAGUAUGUCCGGAACACAAAAUUCGCGGUAAAGGAUAUUCUGUCGGUGUGGUGAUUGAUGAGGAGAACGAGAGGAUUGAAGAAUCACAUUGAUUGUUUAUAAUUUUUGAAGAAUAUUCCUCUCCUUUCCCUGAUAAUUCGGUUCAUUGAAACCUUUGAAGUUAUUUAGUAAUCAUUUUUGUAAUCAUCUUUGACCCUCUGACUAUUCAAAUGACCAAUAAUUUUCAUAGUUGUCCGAAGAAUUUCAUUGCUUUUCGUUUAUCAAAAAGAUUUCCCCUUUUUCAGCUUAAGCCUUUACUUUUGCAAAACUUCUUCUGAACUUUUUCGAACGGUCUAGUAUACUUUGUUUUUUAAACUAGUCAAUAACUGAGAUUUUGUUUCGACAAAUUAUGAAGUCCCAUUUUUUCAGGUGGAUGCAAGCACGUAGUUGCUUUUGUGGCUUGGUUACAUCGGAGGUCGGAAGAGCCAUCCCCCACUGAAAUCAUGUGUUAUUGGAAGAAGUCAAGAUUGUCUUCCGUAGGAUCUAAAAUAAAAUGUAGGACCAUCGGGGAGAUAGUCAAAGAAGCAAAAGGAAUACAUCCAGACAAACACAUUCCGGCACCUGCGCCAUCUACGAGGAGCAACUCCGAUAAAUUUUUACAGAGGUUAAUAGAACGAGGAAUUCAGGAAGAUAAGCAAAAUCAUCUUGUUGAAUUUUUCAAACCUAGGGCCAGUUGGGAAAAAAUCUCACUCCAUCAUUUAGCUUUGAGUUAUUCUGGAAAUCGUCUUGACAUCGAUGAAUUUUUGAACUAUUGUCCGAACAGUUAUACAUAUGAAGACUGUGCGGCAGUGGCUAAUUGCACGAAAGAUCAGAGUGAAUCCCCGAUUUGGUAUGAGAUGAGAUAUGGCCGAAUUACAGCCUUAAUUCUCUACGAGACCUGUCGUUGUCGUACAACAGAAGGAGCGCUCUUCAGAAAAAUCAUGGGAGGAAAAAUGAUAGAGACUGAUGCGAUGGCGAGGGGAAGAGAGUUGGAAGCAGAUGUCAUAAAGAUUGUAGAAGAGUUAAUCGGAGAGAAAAUAUCAAAAUCUGGCUUAUUAUUAUCGCCUAUGUACCCAUGGUUUGGAGCAUCACCCGAUGGUGUAACAAAAACUGCUGUCAUUGAAGUCAAGUGCCCGAUGAAAGUCGAAACUGUCUCCAAUUAUUAUGCCAACAACACCGUGAAUUCUAAAUUCCGAGCAUAAAUCCAGUUACAAAUGUUUUUUUGCAGGGAAACAGAAAGCGAAAUUUUGCAUCGCUGAUCCACGUUUUCCCAUAAUAAAACGUGUAACUGUCAUUGAGGAAGAGUUCGACCCUCAUUUGACCAACGCGUUAAUACAGCAGGCCUCAGCAUUUUGAGAAUCAGCCAUUUUGGCAGCUUUGAUGGACUCAACAUAACCGGGAAGAAUAAAAAAAUGUAUGGGAAUGAAAUCAAUAAUGGUUGAAGAUUGAAAAUAUAUUGCGUUAAUUUAUUAAAAAUACAUUGGUUUACAGAUCUCAAUAAGUCUAAAUUUUUAUAAUCAACAUGUUGUUAUUUUGCUUUGUAGGUUUACGAAUGCAGCGGUCACCUGUACUAUAUCGUCCAUCAGAUCGAUUAAGUUAUGAUCGACCGUGACAUGUGGUUGCAAUAUUUUAAAGUCUCUCAGGCGUCUGAUCACUCUCUCUACGUGUAUUCUUCCACUUGCAAUUUCUGCCGUUUUUAAGACUUCCUCUUUGGUAGGUUUCACCGCUGUUUGGACCGAAGGAGGUCGCAGAAGUUUACAGUUUCUUUGGUGUAACAUGGAUUCAAUUUGUUUAAAUCCUCUAUCGGCGAGAAUAAAUGACCCAGAAGGGAGAACAGACAAAUAUCCAGAAUUUUUUACAAUUUCUAUGUCACUGAAGCGACCGCCAUAUCCGCAGGCGAUGAAAUUAAUCAAUCCAUCAGGAGUUAUGGAUAUCAGAUACUUACAAGUAUUAUACUACUUGACCUAAUUAAUUGUGACCUUGGCCGGGGAA